AUGUUUUGGAGCCACAGUUCUCGCGCAGUCCGCCAGCAAUGGCAAGUCUACCGGGGGUUUGCUCGCCGUGCGGGUGCCGCGGGCACAUCUCUCUCGUCUCUCUCGUCUCACCCGUUACCGCCUUCAUUCGCGCUGACGGCGAGGUCGUUUCAUGCGUCGCGGCCUCUUCUUGCAAUUAAGCCAGUACUGCUUGCCGAUAUUGGAGAAGGUAUCGUCGAAUGCGAGAUCAUCCAAUGGUUCGUCGAGCCCGGGGCGCGCGUCGAGGAGUUCUCUCCGUUAUGCGAGGUGCAGAGCGACAAGGCGUCCGUUGAAAUUACCAGCCGAUUCGCCGGGGUUGUCAAGAAGCUACACUAUGACGCGGGUGAGAUGGCCAAGGUCGGAAAACCAUUUGUCGACAUUGACAUCCAGGGAGAUAUAAAUGGGGAAGACCUAGGGGACUCAGCGCCCUCUGAGCCUCCACAAAAACAAGCAGAGUCCAAACCUACUACCCAGGCCCCCGUCCGUCCAGCAGCCGAAGAAACAGCAGCAUCACAGGUGGCCGUGUUGACGAAGCAAGAGUCGGACGGUACACCCAAGGUCAAGGGGAAGCACGCCGGGCUCGCAACACCAGCGGUCAGGCACCUUUCCAAGGAGUUGAAGGUGGACAUUUCCGAGAUAGAUGGGACCGGCAGGGAUGGCCGGGUUCUCAAGGAGGAUAUCUACAAGUUUGUCGAGAAGAGGAACGCUGCUCACACACAACAACAGCAACAACAACAGCAGACUCCUACCUCCCCCACAGGCUUCGGGUCUCUCGCACCACCACAAGGGGUAACAGCCGCGGGCCCACAGCAAGAAACGCCCGUUGCGCUCACUCGGACACAAGAAAUGAUGUUCAAGACCAUGACCCGGUCCCUCAACAUCCCCCAUUUCCUCUACGCUGAUGAAGUCGACUUCACCUCGCUCGUUGAGCUCCGCGGGCGCCUGAACAAGGUCCUCGCCAAGUCCGGCUUGAGCGAAGGUCAGGUCAGCAAGCUCUCGUACCUACCCUUCAUCAUCAAGGCCGUCUCCAUGUCACUAUACAAGUACCCCGUUCUCAACGCUCGCGUCGACGUCGACACUACCGCGAAUGGAAACUGCAACGGCAACGGCAAUAACAACGGCAAACCCACACUCAUCCACCGCAGCCAACACAAUAUCGGCGUCGCCAUGGACACCCCCUCCGGCCUCCUCGUCCCCGUCAUCAAGAACGUAAACGCCCUCAACAUCCUCGACAUCGCCUCCGAGCUAACCCGGCUACAAGCCCUCGCGGCCGCCGGCAAGCUCUCCCCGCUGGACAUGGCCGGCGGGACCAUCACGGUCAGCAAUAUCGGCAACAUCGGCGGCACCUACCUAUCGCCUGUGAUUGUCGAGCGCGAGGUGGCGAUCCUGGGGGUCGGGCGCAUGCGCACCGUGCCGGCGUUCUCGACGGUACCCGGGGAGGAGGACAAGGUGGUGCGGAAGCAGGUGUGCAAUUUUAGCUGGAGCGCGGAUCAUCGUGUUGUGGACGGGGCCACGAUGGCGAAGGCGGCUGAGGUGGUGAGGACGAUUGUGGAGGAGCCGGAUGUUAUGGUAAUGCAUUUGCGGUAG